AGCUUUUGCUCGACGCGACAGAAGUUCAGAAGCGACUUGGUUCUCCCUGAACUGAACAAUGACUGAGACAUGAGCGGAAAUGCCAACGAGUCGGUCGGAGCAACGUGUAGGAGAUCCAGUGAGCGGAGAAACAGCAUACACCCGGAAGGACGACGGCGACGCGUCAAACUCCGACGCGUCGAUUGCUACGAAAGACGCUGGGCAGCGUGCGCUCGAAGGUCACGUAGAGAACUGCUUGCCACCGACGUCGAAGUCGACUCAAUCGACCGCCACGUCGUUCAGAAACGCAGAACGUACUACUACGAUGAGAAGGACCUCACAGCCGCCGCGGCAGGCAAUGUCGGCGGAGCCGUCAGAACCAGGCUCUGAGCCCGGUGCCGACGCCGUUGAAACCGGUGGCCUUGACAGCAGCAGAUCGAGUGCCGUGGUUGAGCCCACGGCUGAGCAUCGUCGACUCCAGCUGCUCCAAUCCAAGCAGGUCAAACUUGCACGCACGCUUUCCCAACUUGACCACCGACGAUCCAUGCUGCUCUUGCAACUUCUCUCAACCCUACCUGCACACGCAACCCGAGAUCUUUCGAUCUCACCCUGUAUCGAUGACAAAUACACUCCGUCUAUUUACGCCCACACCGUCCCGGCCCUGAGGUCCAUCAGCGAAGAGGAUAAGGACCUACUCGUGGCUCACGCAAGUCGUAUCAUAAAACAACAUAUCCGCAAACUACACGAGUACAACGAGGUCAGAGAUAUCGCCCAGGGCCUGAUCGGCAUGAUUGCAGAUCGAAGGGGCAUGAGAGUGGUCGAUGUCCAGGCUGAGUUUGGGAUUGGUUGUGGGGACUGAAGCGCACCGUGCAUGGAAGACAAACACGGUAACCGUGAAACUCACAUGCAUUCGUGAUCUUGAUCGUAGAAAAUGGCCGGCAAGGCAAAAGACGCCAUGUUUCAUGCUGGGGGAGUGUCAUGACGGUCUAAUACUGUAGAGACUUACAGUGCGAACGGCUGCUGCGCCGUAAGAUGCACAAUGAGACACGGAUGAAAGCGAAUGGGUGUGAACGGAAGCCCGGGCCCUCCACUUGGUCGAAUAUGUUUCUAACUGGCCUACUUUCACGGUGUAUACUGCUCUUUGAUAUUGUUUUGUGACGUGGGAGGGAAAGGGGGCCAAAUCCACCCUGGUGUCUAAUAUACGCUCAGAGCACGGACUAGUGGAAGCUACACUCGUAGUCACUUGAAAGACUGGUAAAUGCCUCUUCAGCACAAAGUCACCUGCCGAACACUUUUUUCUGUCUUUAUGAG